CUGAUUGAAGUGUAUACUUUCAUCUUUAUAUUAUGAAGUUUCAAAAUUAUGGAAUCUACCAUUUAGGAAAUUGCUCUCAAUUUAUGGAGCAAUUCUCCAUUUUCAGAGGUUCAAAAAGUAUAUAAAUACAUUUGACAAAUUGAAGCAUCAUUUCUAAUCUAAUAAGAUUGAAUUUCUUCAGAGCCAAUGAAUGUCUGAAGAAUGGAGUCCUUGCAUGUCACCAAAUUUGGAUUAGAGAAAUGGGAAGAGAAAAGUACAAUCCAGAAUGGAAAAGGAAGGAAUCCAGAGGUUGGGGCUGCAAUGCCCUGGCCAUUGCGACGUCGUCAAAGUGUCUUGGGGCAAGAUACUGAACACCCAGUUGCUGCGGAUGCUGCGUCAUCAGCAGCUUGCUCAACACGAUCCUAAACCGUCUGCUGGUUGCACUCAGCACUUUGGAGGGAUGUGGGUGCGCACCGGAGUCCCACUUGCAUCCAUCACCUCUUCGGACAGUUGCCAGCAUCCAACCCGAGUGGAACUGAACCUUUUACGCACAGAUCUUGGUCCGCGAGUAAAGAAGACGCUUUAAAAUACAGGAUCUCUACUUUAUUGAUGGUGGCAAGUUACAAAGUGAAAAUGAUGCUCCUCUGUAGUCAUCGCAGUGGAUGCGUGAACGCGAUGAUCUUAUGAUGAUCGGUUGCGUUGAGAAAAAAAAAAAAGGACGGGCAAAUUUACGCACGGACUCAAAGGAUUUAAACGGGUGACACACCGUGGAUUGUGAUGACCGAGGCUUUGGUUGGUGAGUGCUUUGCCAGCAUGCAUCUGCAUCGCGCGCACUGAAAUCGACGCCAUCUAUCCACUCAUAUUCCAAGGCAAGAUUAAGAGGAGAGAGGGAGAUGAGCGAAAGCUGCAAACCAGCCAAAGAGCCCGGCUCGGCGCAGAGCCCUCCGUCGGAUGUCAUCGAGCUGAACGUGGGUGGGCAAGUAUACUACACCCGCCACGUCACACUGACCGCCUUCCCAAAUUCCCUACUCGGGAAGCUGUUCUCCAACAAGAAGGGCUCUUCCAAUGACCUGUCCCGUGACUUUCGAGGACGUUACUUCAUUGACCGAGAUGGCUUUUUGUUUCGGUACGUAUUGGAUUACCUGCGGGACAAGCAAGUCGUCCUCCCGGACCACUUCCCCGAGAGGGGAAGGUUGAAACGGGAGGCGGAAUACUUCCAGCUUCCAGAUUUAGCCAAACUUUUAUCGUCCGAGGAGUCCAAACUGCUCCCGGACGACUACGGUGAUUUGGACGACGCGUCCGUGGGCAGCGAGCACAGAUUUCACCCGUUUUACUCUUUAGACAGGAGGUACGGCUACAUCACAGUGGCUCUGAGAGGAGCGGCGGGGGGCAAAGAAAGCGAGCCCGACCCCAAGAGUAGAAAGUUGCCGAGGAUCUUCAUCAGCGGCAGGAUUGCUUUGGCCAAGGAGGUCUUCGGAGACGCGCUCAACGAGAACAGAGACGCGGACCGACCCGCGGACCGCUACACGUGCAGGUUUUACCUCAAGUUCAAGCACCCGGAGAGGGCGUUUGACAUGCUGUCAGAGAGCGGCUUUCACAUCGUGGCUUGCAACUCCUCCCUGACCGCCUCCACCGUCGCUCAUUACGCGGACGACAGGCUCUGGUCCAAUUACGCGCAGUACAUCUUCUACCGGUGUCCCCCGCCUCCUGCCCGGAGACUGCUGGGAUUGUCUCCUGCACCCUGCGCGACCCUUGUGAGGAUAAAGUGGAUGGAUGGAUGGAUGCAAUAAAAAUAUUAAAUGUAUUAUACAUAAAUGUUUUGUUCUUAUAGUUUAAGAUUAGUUUUUUCCCUUCCUAAUUGCAACCAUUGUGAUUUGAAAAUUGCAUUCGACUACAUUACUGUUUAAUUGAAUUUGAAUGCAAUUUUUCAGCACGAGCUAAAAGGCACGCCCAGAAGCUCACACAAUAACUCGCUGGCCAUGUUCUGGAUGUCACUCACUUAGCCACGCCCAUUAAAGGCACACCCUACAGUGGUUGUUGUCACUUGGCUUGUUGCCACACACAGUAAUUACUCUUGAUAACAACCAGUGUAUUUCACAUUGUCUUUUUUAUGUUUCAUUGCUUCGAUACAAUGCAUGCAUCAGAUUUUCUUUGCUAAAAUACAAAUAUGAGGAAAUGUUUAGGUGUUGUUGUUUUGGUUAGCAAAGGGCUUGCAAAAGGGCUUAGCAGAUCACUCUGACCUAAUAAGGUGGGGAGGGGUUAAGUCACAAUCCUGCUACACUUCAAGUACAUGCGCCAUGCAUAGACAUAACUGCUUAGUUACUGGGCCUGACUGCUUAUGAAUGAUAUAGCACGAGUAGGCAGCAGAGAAGACAAAAAAAUAAAAUCUGACUCUCGGUGCCACUUUCUUUCAUAUCAGCUCUUGGAAUUCUUCAUCAGCAAAAGCCAGAUUUAGCUUCAAAUGUGGCCUAUUUGCAGGGAAGAGUACGACCAUAUGGCCAAUUAAAAAUCACUUUGUUCAUUAUUCUGAAUGCUUCCCUUUGGAAUUCAGGAAGAAAAAAAACCCAGUUCAGGUUGGAAGUGCAGGGGAAUGCAUGAGUGAGAUUUCUCUCUAAUGUUGUUACAAUAGACUACAUCUGAAGGAUGCAGCCUGAGCUGAUCUUCACGACAGUCAUGAAGGAGCAUCUCCAGGUGCAGGUUAACCCCACUUAUUGUACAUGGACCGUCCGGUAAAGCUUUGAGAAGCGGGGGAAUUUUUAGAGUGGCUCGAGGAAAAUAAUGAAUUUUAAGAAGGAAAGAAAGGGACAUUGGAGAGAGAAUUUAAAGGCUCGGGCUGGAAGGGAAGAGGAAGGCGAGCAGAUGGAGGCUGGAGCGGAUGAGCAGAAGUGAUGAGGAAGUAAAAGUUGCAUGAGGCCUGACCAAGGGGGAGAGAGAAGCGAGGCAGAAAAAAGGCAGAGGGAUCUGGGAGCAAAAACACUGAUUGAACUAAGUAUAUGACUACUAAAUUCAUGGAGCCUUGGGAGAGGAGAAAUGAAACAUCCCAUCUUGUUGGUGGUGGGCUGGGAUAGACAACACACAUUGUGAUGCGCGAUAGGACACUGUGACCUGGUCAGGACAGCGUUGUCAUAGUUAUACUGCAGCACAGUGCUCAGCAUCCACUUUCCACCUCUGAAACCUGAUUCCAAGUGCGGGACAGCGUCUGACCUCAUGCGGGCACUCCCAAUUGAAAAUUGCUUGUGCUGCAAUACUUACUCGUAAAGUGUACAUCUCCUAAAUUUGACAAACCACAGAGAAGAGUGUUGUUAAAAACCCUGCCAAAUUGAUUGAUUAAAAACGUCUUUUAAAUGAGGCUUGUAAAUUGUGAAAAGCGCGCACACUCAUGGUGGACGACGAGGCACUCUGACACACCUACUACAAACUACUACAAACCUGUUAGAGUUAAUUCUACACAGAGUGUGCUAAUUUCAACACCAAAAAAGUGUCUAUAUGGAUCCACACUAACUGGUGCCAAAGUGUCAUUUGAUAAAGUGUUAUAUGUUCAACAACCAAUAGUGUGCUAUACGGCAACAAAAUGUAUUGUUGACAGUGCAAUAAUUGUGACACUAUUGCGUAUUUAGACUAACACUAAUGAGAGUUCAUGCCAAUACUAUACAGUGUGGGGGGGAUACCCCCAUGUGUGCCUUACUACCUUAAAUAAAACACACAACAAGAUUAAGAUUUAAAUUCAAAACAAAUGUCUUUUAUUAGAUCUAUUUCAGACGCCUCAUACAAAACAGCCGUCGGCUACAAUGUCCUGUACGUUCUUUCAACAUUUUCACAUGAAAAUUGCUCAUCAAGAAAAUUGUCUUGACUCUAACCAGUGAACUUAUGCCAUUACACAAGGGCAUGGUUUCCAUUUUAAAUGGACACCAAUCGUGGUAGAAUCCAGGUUACACCUCAUUUGAAUGUUUUAAUGUUAUAUCCUAAACAACACAUGCUAUUUUAUUACUGGGGAGUGUUAAUGCAACACUGACAUUUUGUUAUUGAACCCUGUCCGCAAACAUUUGACACAAGUGUAUUUGGAGUAUAUGCCAGCAGAAUAUCAGAAGGGAAGAUGCAUUUUCAGGCUCUAGGCAUAGUUAGCUAGCUAGCUAACUGCACAUUACAUUUGCACCGGAUAAAAGGUGAUACGAAUGAAGCGUUCAGCUUCUUAUAUAGUGGGCAGAGGUAUGCAAGGGAAGAGGGAGUGGGUUCAGGGGGCCCGAGGGGGUUCAUUCACAUCCAGCCCAUAGUUGCUGAUUGUUUAUCAAGAGACGUCAAAACCAUUUAAAGCAGGGGUGCCCAUUAGGUAGAUCCUGAUCUACCGGUAGAUCUAAGACAGGUCCCGAGUAGAUCCGAGGAGUGUCGAGGAGAGAAAAACACACAACCAUUUGUGUGUCUUUGUACAUGUUAAUAAUAUAUUUUUUGUGUUAAUGUACACUGCACCCUAAUCAUCUUAUCAGUCUCAUUUUCACCCCAAAAAUAUUUAAAAAUAAAAUAAAGCAGGUCAAUCUUGAAUUUACGGUGGCGCGUGAUGACGUCACCGGAAGUCGUUAGCGCUCAGCAGUCUGCAAUUGCAGCUCGUGAUCAGAGCUGUUGCGCUUGAUCUUUUAUCGUCAUUAUUCUCAUUCAGAGUUUGCUUCGUGUACACUUUAAAACGGUACGUGUGAGCUGUGAUAGUUAACAGGCUGCAAAAGUGCGUCGCAUGCCUCAGUUUCAGGCUGUUUCUCAUCAUAGUGUCUGUGUGUGUGUGUGCGUGCGUGUGUGUGUGUGUGUGUGUGCGUGCGUGCGCGUGCCGGUAAGGGUAGAUCCUGGGAGGUUAGUUGAUCGAAAAGUAGAUCUUCGAUCCAAAAAGUUUGAGCACCCCUGAUUUAAAGUGUCAUCCAUCCUGUAAAGAUGAUGGCGGAUGUUACGAACUCGGGUAAACCGAGUUAGGGAGGGGGAUCCAAAAAACGUAGACAAAAACAAGGUCUCCGAUGUAAAGACAAUUUAAUGUCCAAAUCGAAUCGAAACUAAGCGAGAACAUAAAGCGCUGGUCCACAAUGAGGACCAGGAGGUAAAUCAAAAACGACUAACAAAAGGAGCUUGCACAAAAGAGCAAGAAAAGGAAAGUAAAGCCACAAACUACGAACGAAAAACUAUGUAACACUUUGUACACGCAAGAAAAGCCAGAUCAUCAAAACAAAAUGGUACUUACACACAAACUUGGUACCGAGACUACACGCGAAAACACGACGAGGUCAAAAGCCACUAGUCAAUGAGCAACGAGGUAAGCAAUGCCAUAAACAAUACUCGCACAACAGGUGUAGAACGUAGGAGUCCUUAAAUAGUGUCUCUAUUGAUUAAUGAUUGCCAGCAGGUGUGCUAGGGAGACCGCUCCUGUCACCUG